AUGAGGAGACUGAACCGGGUUAGUGCCUCUGGCCGUUACAACCCUGCCAUGGAGAUGGAGAUGACUGAUGGAGUUGUCAACCAGUCCGAACAGCAGCCAGUUGUUGGGACUGCGAUCUCAAAGACAUCUGUGUCCAGUGCUGCGAAGGCAGCUGCCCAGUGGGCGUCUUACACCUGCAGCCGCUGGAAACGAGCCUGCCGUCAGUGUGUGAAGAGAAAACCCACAGGGGAAUUCUUUGAGACCAUGUACAAAGGCCUGGCCUUGGAUGAAGAUGUCAUAGAUGGAGGAGACAAAAGCUCCCACCUCAAUAAAAGACUGCUAGACCAUUUCAGAGAUCUGGCUUCUAGCAAUCAGGACACUGAUGAGGUGGACCUUCAGUACCUGAGUGAUGUAAUCGCAGAUGGAGCCGACCCCAACUCAACGGACCGAUACGGACAAACUGUCUUGCAUGAGAUCUCGAGGGCGUGGAACGUGGACGUGAUGCGUUUCUUCCUGGACAGGGGGGCUGAUGUUCUGCGUCCUGACUCCUACGGGGUCACGCCCCUGCAUGUUGCCGCAGCUCUGGACUACGAGGAGAUGAUCCACUUCUUGUUGGAGAGGAAAGCCGACAUUGGUGCUCAGACCAACAUGGAUCAUCAGACACCUCUGCACUACGCUGCUAAGAACGACGCGGUGGGGGCAGUCAGGGUGCUGCUGCAGUAUGGGGCAGACAUCUCCGCACGAGACUACAAAAGGAGAACCCCUCUACAACUGGCUGCCAACCUAGACAGGAGUGAGGCUGCACGGACACUAAUGGAACUAGGGGCUGAUGCUGGGGUAAAGGACUCUGAUGGUCAGCUUUGCAUCACCGCCAUGAUUGACAAGAUGACCUCCGUGGCUCAUUUGGCUCUGAACCAGUUCCAUGUGACUGACCGGAUGACCAGGCAGCAGUUCUACUACCUUCACCUGCUGGAGCCAGAGCCACCCUGCAAGCAGAAUCCACCAGGACAGGGCUCACAAGAGGGUGUUGCCAGUGAGCCUACAUCACCAUUGGAGUUCAUAGUACACCAGGGGAAGUUGGAUCUCAUCAUGCACCCUGUGGUUCUGAAGCUCAUCAAUGUCAAGUGGAAACUAUAUGGCAGGUUGGGGGCUUGGAUACUUCUACUCCUUAACUUCCUGUUUAUAGUCUCCUGGACGACCGUGGCCAUCUCUGUGUCUGUCAUCCGAACCGAGGAGCCUUAUGUUUUCCCUGAGGACUGGUGGCGUGUGUUUGGGGUGGUGGUGGCUCUGGGGCUGACAGUGGUGGAGGUGGGCCGGGAAGUGGCAGAGAUGAUAGGCUCCAGCAGGAAGCUAAGGAGCUGGCAGAGUUGGUGUGAACAUCGCACCAACGAUGACCUGCGCUGCACACACCCAAUGUGGCCCGAGGAAAAACAUUUCUUGGAAGAGCAAAUCAAGUUGAUCCACCGCAUGAAGGGAAACUACUUACAAGACCCCUGGAACAUCUUUGAUUGGCUGGUGUACAUUCUGCUGAUGGCAGUGUUCGGGAUCCAUGUGGCAGACAUCUUCUUGCUUGGAGGAACACUGCGGGACUACAGCCUGCGCCUCUUCGCUGUGGUCAUCAUCUUCCUCUGGCUCCGUCUGAUGAAACACGUCCGAGCCUUCAGGGUUAUGGGUCCUUUCAUUGUCAUGCUGGGGAAGAUUGUGGGGGAUGUGCUACGUUUCCUCUUCCUAUAUGCAGAGAUCUUUAUCCCUUACGCGUGUGCCUUCUGGAUUAUAUUUGGAGGUCAGGCGUCAAUACCCAGUAUGCGGACUGUACCCCAGCUGCUCUACAGCCUGUACCGCAUCACUCUGGUGGACGAGUAUGAGUUCAACGCCAUGGUGGAAGUGGACUCGAUCAUGGCCCACUUCCUCUGUGGUACCUUUCUGGCUCUGUCCUCCAUUCUGUGUGUCAACCUGAUGAUUGCCCUUCUCUCGGACACCUUCCAAAGGGUGUAUGACAAUGCACUGGCCAAUGCAGUAAUGCAGCAAGCAGCCAUUAUCCUGCAGGUGGAGGAAUCCAUGCCCCGUCUCUGUCGUUUCUAUGACGACCAGCACAUCCACCGCUUCUGUGCCCCUCUUGGGGAGUUAUACGAUGAUGACAUCAGAACUGACUCAAAGCGGCACGCAGAGCUGAAGACGAUCACCACUCAGAUCAAGGAGACCCUAGAUGAGUUCCUGGAGAUCCAAAAAGAAGUGAAUCCCUCCGAACAAGGACGACCUGAUGAGAGUGACAGGAGCUCAGGGGAGAGGUACUUCUCAUCCCCUGUACAGGGGGAACACCUGCAGAGUCUGCAGAGGCUCCAGAUAGACCAGACCCAGCAGAGCCAGGAUCUCAGUGACCUGAGGGCAGACAUGAAGAACCUGCAGGCCCUGAUCCACCAACUGAUCCAGGCCCAGACCAGCUCGUGUGUGGGCUGUGGUGUGACUGUGAAGGCAGCAGAAAGCACUGGGUCAGAGCCCGUCGAAGCGCCACCAUACAGGGCCUCAACAGGUUGACUCCUUGAUGCUGAAGAUGCUUGUAACCACGGAGACUGCACAAGCAACAAGAGAUCCAGGACCAGACAACAAGGAUGAAACCUAACUAACAUCUAUCUCCUUAUCCGUUUUUAGGUUAUUCAGAUCAUUUAUGGUAUCUUAUGGUAUGACUACAAUACAUGCAGUAUAUUUUUGCUAAUCUAAUAGAUGCGGUAAAGAGGUCAAAUGGAAGCAGACUGUGGAGGAUAGGAGGAGGACGCCGGAUUGGCGCAUAUUCAACCAAUCGGAUAUUCUUCAAAUCUGUCAAAUCCGGUUCCGGUGGCAUGCAUUGAAAUGCGUGGCUUUUCUUUUGCAAAAGAAAUAUUUUCAAAUAAUUGUUAACAUAUAACAUCACAUUAAGUGUGGGACAUUUACUGUAUUACAAGGAACAAUAGCAGGUCUGUUUCGCUCCAGUAGCUGACAUGUUCUGUCCAUUCACAAUUCACCUAUGGGAACAUAUGGCGGCUCUUAACACCCGACAACAGAAGGAGUUGGCCACUACUAUCCGAGAAAUUGAUCGUGACAACAUUACCUCUGCCUUCGACUUGCAAUUAAAACCGAUAAAUGAAUCUCUUGCACUGCUCUUGCACUGCUAAAGUGAAUACCUACUCAACUAAAGUCUAACGUUUAGAGACAGUGGCCAAUCUGACAGAAGAGCGACUCCAUGACCUGAAAUCAAUUUCCUAAAAAAGAAAACAGAAUUACUCUAAAAAUAAAUUCAAUGUGGGGGUCACAGGACGUGAAACUGGUGUGGAAGCGGGCAACCCAACUUCCUUCAUGAGCAAUCUUUUCUAUGAACUGUUUGGGCGGGAGAAGCUGGGUCCCAUGCCGCUGAUAAACAUUGUGCACCGUACGAGUCCUCUCCAGAACGGAUCUGUUGUGUAUGAUUGUACAAAUCCACAGUUUUGAAGUCAAAUGGCAAAUUGUUCGCCUCACAGCGGAUUCGGGGGCUCUGACCUAUGCAAAGAAUAGGCUCAGCAUCUACCCAGAUCUGAGUGCUGAACUGCUGAAAAAGAGGGCGAUCUACAACGAGGUGAGAUCCCAGCUACGCAAGCUAAACCUGAGAUGCGGCUUCAUCCACCAUGCAAAACUCAUCUUGACCUUCCAGAAUACAACACAGAUGUUUUCCACUGCCAAGGAGGCUCAAGACUCCUUCGAUAAGCACAUUUUUGAUUUUAUUGUAGACUAACCCCAAUUUGGUUGGCUCAAUAUUCAGGUAUGCUAUCCACACAAAAUCACACAGCCUAGCCUAUGGCUGUGAUGCUGCCCUCAGCAUAAGACAAUGAUGAGGAAACCAUCUCAAUUGGGUGAAGGAACACCAUUAUUAUUAUUAUUGCUGAACAUUGAACUGUUCCAGGACAGUUAGACAAUGAUGAAUCCAAUGAAUCCAUACCAAUUAAUGAACAAUGGACAAUAUAUUGAAGUGCCAUACAGACUGGGGUUGCUUCCUUGUGGGGCUACAGCACAUUGCAUCCCUAUAGGCUAAACUGUUUAGGAUAGAUGACCAGUUCCAUAUGGGCACCCACACAAUUAUUUUUUUGCUUGUUCUUUUUUUUCCUCCUAUGUUUAAGGUAAUUUAUACCCUAUUGCUAAUAAUGAUGAGGAUAUUUGACUGUGCAUUUCUGUUAUAUUUAUCCUAUUUUUGUCCCCUUUUCUCUACAUUAUUUUCUUUAUUACCCAUCCCAAUCUAUCAAGUCUGCAAACUUAAAUGUAAAGGUCUGAAAGGGUAAAUGGCUACUUAUUUUAUGUUUUACUUUAUUUUCUUUCUCAAUACCUUAAGACCAUAAAAACAUUUGCUGCUUACGAAAUGUCAUCGGUAAGGCUCCCACUCACCAUUAUGUUG